AUGAGCGCCAUUGACGCUCUCUACAUGUUUGACGAGCACAACACGCCUCUCCUGGAGCACGUCUACGUCAACCGCCCCCCGCCCUCGAGCAUCCUCCUCCCGCUCUAUCUCGCCCACGCCGACCCCCGCCCGCCGCUCCUCUACCUGCCCAACACAAACCCGCCGACGCUGCUGUACUCCAUCAUACAAGACCAGCUGCUGUUCCUCUGCCCUUC